UCUACUAGGUACUGUAGUCAUAAAGCAUCUGAUUAGGAUUGCUGAUCUAGGAUCAGCUUUGCAUUUUAACCAUAAUGAAUAUGACAAAGGGGCCUGAUCCUAGAUCAGCACUUCUGCUUUGUAAAUACAGGCCCGGGUGAAGUUUGGACACACCCACAGAGUGCAUAUUACUCAGAGCAAAGGAAGAAGGGGAAAGAGAGAUACUACAGUGCAUGUGAUGUUAAGAGAGAGAGCGGGUGGGGCACUGUAGUGAGUUAGUUUUCACAGGGCCAAAACCUGUUGUGGCUUUACAUAGACAGACGGCCUGUAUGAUACUAUACAGUGGUGUGGGGCUCCAACACCCAGAGGACUGUACAGAGACACGGCACUGUGUGGACUCACACAAGAAAAUCAGGAAAACUUCAUCAGCAUGCAGAGUGUGAGUUCCCCAGGGAGGGGGGGAACCCUGUCGGAGGAGUCGUUCCAGUGUUCUAUCUGCCUGGAGGUCUUCGUGGAGCCCGUCUCUACCCCCUGCGGACACAGCUUCUGCAAGGCCUGUCUGCAGGGCUACUGGGACCACAGCAAGAAGUUCCUGUGCCCCAUGUGUAAGAAGAGCUACAGCCGGAGGCCGGAGCUCAGCAUCAACCGGGUCCUCGCCGAGAUCGCUGCCCACUUCCAGGGCCUCGAAGUAGGGGCUGUUUCACCAAACACGAAGGGGGGUGUGGUGGCUGGGAGUCCGGUGGCGGGUCACAGGGUUCAUGGAGAGUCACCAGCAGCUGCGGCGGAGGGUGGAGAGUUUGCCCGGGCAGGCGAGGUGCCGUGUGAUGCGUGCAUCGGGAGGAAGAUGAGGGCACUGAAGUCGUGUCUCAACUGUCCAGGGUCAUUCUGUGAGGCACAUCUCCGACAUCAUAAGAAGGUGAAGUCUCUGACGUUUCACCGCCUCGUGGAGCCUGUGCAUCAUCUGGAGGAGAAGCUCUGUAAGAAGCAUGAGCGCCUGCUGGAAGUCUACUGCCGCAACGACCACGACUGUGUCUGUAUCUCCUGUGCCGAGGCCACCCACAAGACUCACGAGAUCGUCUCGGUUGACCGCGAGUGGAAGAAAAAGAUGAAUUAUUUGGGCAAGAGGAGGUCGGAGCUGAAAUACAUGAUCAAGGAGCGGACCAAGAAGCUGGAGGAGAUCAAACAGUCAAUACGGGUCAUCAAAAGCAGUGCUCAGAAGGAGUUGGAGGAGAGCUGGCAGGUGUACGCGGAGCUUCAGUGUCUAGUGGAGCAGAGCCAGGCUGAGCUGGUGGAGCUGAUCGCUACGAGGCAGCGCGAGGCUGAGAGGCAUGCCCAGGAGCUGGCCCGAGGACUGGAGAGCGACCUGAGUCAUCUCAGGAAGAGGAACGAAGAGUUGGAAGCCCUGGCACAGAACCAGGACAAAGUCAUCUUCCUCCAGAGACUGUCCGCCCUAGCGCUCCUCCCGGAGCCCAUUGAUUGGUCAGGAGUGAGUGUGAACACUGACCUGUACCUGGGUACCAUCCAAUCAUCCGUCAGUGCUCUCGUCGACAAGUUCCAGGAAGAAAUCAAGAGGCUGUAUGGAAAAGAACUAAGGAAGCUGCAGAACUAUGCAAGUGAGGUGUUCCUGGACCCGGGCACAGCCCAGAGGAACCUGGUCCUGUCAGAGGAUGGUCGCCAGGUGAUGUACGAGGAACGAAAGCACAACCAGUCAGAAGGCACUCGCCGCUUUAACCCCGCCCUCUUCGUGCUCGCAUGCGAGUGCCUCUCCUCGGGACGCCAUUACUGGGAGGUCGAUGUGGGCCGUAAGACUGCCUGGACUGUGGGCGUGGUGCGAGCAUCGGCCCGCCGGAAGGGAGAGAUCAAGCUGAGCCCCGAUGGAGGAUACUGGUGCCUGUGGCUGAAAGGUGGGGAGGUCAAGGCUCUGGCAUCCACCCGACUGUCCCUGCAGCUGGCCUCUCACCCCCAGAAGAUCGGGAUCUUCCUCGACUACGAAGGCGGCCAGGUGUCGUUCUACGACGUCAAGAAGCAAACGCACCUCUUCACAUUUGAUGAUACCUUUAAUGAGAGUUUGUACCCCAUCUUUAGCCCCUGUCUCAAUCAGGAGGGAAAGAACGCAGCCCCGCUCAUCAUCAGUGCAGUGAAGCAUAGCGGUGACCGAGAAGUGUUCUGCCUGCCCUCUCGACUCCCAGAUGGACUCCUCCAGCACCGACCGGAAGUGUUCCCUCUCCGGCUACAGCUGGUGCAGGAGGAGCCUCCUCCUCCGGUCUCCCUAGAUGCAGCCCUCCCCCCUAGCUCCAUAGGUAUGGGAGUGGGAGGUCCAGGAGGUGGAACAUACAGGACCCUUUCAGAACGUCUACGAGCAGCCAUCAGAUUGUCUAGCCGGAUCGACAGGUCUAUGAGCUCGUCCAGGACGGCAUUGGCCCACUCCAGGGCUCUACCCGUCAAGCAAGAGACGAGGACACUCACGCUCUCCUCGUCCGAGGGAGCCGGCCGAGGUGGCCAGGUAAAGCUCGAGUUGGAGCAGGAAUCCCUGGCACAUCACCACCGCUCCAUCGUACUCCCUUGGAGGCGCAAUACGCAGGGCGCUGUAAUGGCUUACCUUGCAGGAAAUCAUGGAAAUCUGACGGAGGAGCAGGUCCACUGCUCCAUCUGUCUGGACGUGUUCACCAACCCUGUCUCCAUCCCCUGUGGACACAACUUCUGCCGCUGCUGCAUCCUAGACUACUGGAAGACCACCGCCCUGUUCCAAUGCCCCAUGUGCAAGAAGACCUUCUUCAAGCGGCCCGACAUUAGCAUCAACACCGUCCUGAGGGAGAUCGCUGAGCAAUUUAAGGACAUCAGGGUUAGCAACGCCGAGCGUCUCCAACGGCAGGAACUGAAAGAGGAACGAGAUUUGCAGAAGAAGAUGGAAGAGCAGAAACAGAAGGAGGAGGAGCAGAAAAAGAUGGAGCGGGAAACGAAGAAGAAAGAGCAACAGGAGCUGGUUCAAAAGCAGCAGAAACUUCUCCAGGAGCUGAGACUGAAGCAGGAGAUGCAAAAGCUACAGCUGCCACAGCUGCAACGAACUACGAGCCAGGAACCAGAGAAACCAAUAGAAGAGAAGCCAGAGGGAGAGCCAGAGGAACCUCCAGCCGAUGCUCCUCCAUCCCCACCCCACAGCCCAUGGGGCGAGGUGUCUUGUGAUGUCUGCAUGGGUGACCGGAUGAAGGCCGUCAAGUCCUGCCUGGUGUGUCUGACCUCAUACUGCGAGGAACACAUCAAGAACCACAACACACGCUUCACCAAACACAAGCUGAUCGAACCCGUGACUAACCUGGAAGAGAGGAUGUGUCCCAAGCACGAGAGGCUUCUGGAGCUGUUCUGUAAGAAAGACCAUAUCUGUGUGUGUGUGCUGUGUACGGAGACGGACCACAGAGCUCACUUUACUGUACCUGUAGAGAGGGAGUGGACUGAAAAGAAGGCUCAGCUGAAGAAGACAGAGAUAGAAGUACAGCAGAUGAUCCAGGAAAGACUGAAGAAGAUGGAGGAGAUCAAGCACUCAGCGGAGCUGAAUAAGUCCAGUGCCCAGAGGGAGAUCGAGGACAGCAUGCAGGUGUUCCAGGAGCUGAUUCGGUCCAUCCAGAGGACCCAGGCUGAGCUGGUGCUGGCUAUAGAGGAAAAGCAGAGAGAGACAGAGAGGUGGUCCCAGGGCCUGAUAGGGGAGCUGGAACAGGAGAUCACUAAACUACAGAGGAGGAAUACAGACCUGGAGCACCUCUCACGCACAGAGGACCACAUCCACUUCCUACAGAGUUUCCCAGCCCUGUGUACCCCUCCAGCCACUAAGGACUGGUCUGGGACCAGUGUACAUACUGAAGUGUGUGUUGGGAUCAUCAGGAGAGCUGUGUCCAAAUUGGAAGAGACGCUGAGUGAGGAAAUUGACAAACUGGUGGACUCUGAGCUGAAGAAGAUUCUUAAGUACACAGUGGACCUGACCCUCGACCCAGACUCAGCCAACCCGUGGCUCCAGCUCUCGGAAGACCGCCGUCAAGUUAGGCACCUGGGAACUUGGCAGGACCUCCCGGACAUCCCAGAGCGUUUUGACACUGUGGUCAUUGUCCUGGGUCGCGAGGGCUUCACGGCGGGACGCCACUACUGGGAGGUACAGGUGGGGGACAAGGAUGACUGGUACCUAGGUGUGGCCAAGGCAUCAGUCAACAGGAAGGGGCGUAUCGCCGUCAGCUCCUCCCAGGGCUACUGGGCACUGGCCAUGAAGAAAGACCAGGGAUAUAGGGCCUCCACGACCCCACCGUUACCUCUAACCCUUGACCCCAAGCCAAAGAGGGUUGGGGUGUAUGUGGAUUGUGAAGAGGGCCAGGUUUCGUUUUACGACGUGAAGGAGAGGAGUCAUAUCUAUACAUUCAUGGAGGACAACUUUAAGGAUAAGUUGUUUCCGUUCUUUUAUCUGUACUGUUGUGAUAAACAGUCGGAUGCCAUGGUGAUCUGUCCGAUCAAUGAAAAGAGUCUGAUCAAGCAAUGCUGAGAAAUACU